AACCAGUUGAUAGCAGCAUAGACAGCCGGUCGUGCAUCGUUUAUGUUUCUUGUUUGUCUGUGUUUUGGUUUCAAAUAAUACAGCAGGAACUGAUCUGUAUGAACUGAGGCUCUCCAUCAUCCUCGCCAAUGGACUUCGCCAGCCAUGCACGGAUGGGCUCACGAUCUUCCUUAUGCACCCGACAGUCUAUGACUUUGCAUUAUGUUUUUCUGAUUUUUUUGCUAUUAUGUUUUGGAGUCAGCGGAUCAAACGCAUCGCCAUCAUUGACCGCGCGGGAGAUCUGUGUCUCGCCGGUGUAUAUAACAUUUGAUGUAUGCGAGAAAUCGAUGGCGCCCGAGAGAACGGCGGAGAAGACAGCGGCAGGACAUCAGACUUUGAGCGGGAUUAUUCACUCUGCACCUUUUCAGCCUGUGGUGCAGUCUGUAUCAUCUGCAUCACUCCCUCCCUCUUCACCCUUUGCAUCAACGCCCUCAUCUGUAUCCUCUGCAUCAUCACCCUCAUCUGCAUCCUCUGCUUCGUCCGAGUCUUCUACAUUUGCAUCACCUAUAUCGUCACAACCAUCGGCAGCAGAGACUUCAUCUUCCGCGCCGGAAGCAUCUUCAGCAGCAUUAGACGAUGAUCUCAGCGGUUCCAAAUUCCUCUCCUUUGAAGAAUGGAAAGCCCAGAUGCUUGUAAAAGCAGGAUUGACAGCAGACGAGAUCCGACGUCAACAAGACCGAGCUUCUGCUGAAGCCGCCGCGGCCUCGCAGAACCGAGCACGGCCGAUCGGUGGAGCUGAUCAGAGUCUUGAUGAUUUGGGCGGGGAACUGGAACUGAACUUCAACUUUUUCGGAACCCCGACUGUUGCCGAUAGUUCUGUGGGAGAUGAAGUGGAUACCGACACGAGUGAGCAGCAUGUUGGAAAAUCGGCUCCUUCAUCGGAAGUAGUCCCGACGGAUACAAAAAGUCGGCGAGGCGGCCGUCUGAAGAACAAGAACAAAACCAACUACGCGUCUUUUGAUUGCGCGUCGACUAUAAUAAAGACCAACAGCGAGAUGCGAGGCGCGUCAUCUAUUUUGGUGGAGAACAAGGAUAGCUACAUGCUGAAUCCAUGUAAUGCGCCGAAUAAGUUUGUCAUUAUUGAGCUAUGCCAGGCAAUUUUGAUUCAUACGAUUGCUAUCGCAAACUACGAAUUCUUCUCGAGCAUGGUUCGAGAGUUCCGAGUGUCGGUGUCAGAGAGAUAUCCUGUGAAAGCCAGCGGCUGGAAAGUGAUUGGCCGAUUUGAAGCAGCGAAUGUGCGCGAAGUGCAAAAUUUUGAGAUUGAAAUUCCGCAGAUUUUUGCAAAGUUUUUGAGGAUCGAGUUUCUAAGCCACUGGGGCCAGGAGUUUUAUUGCCCGCUGUCUGUGGUUCGAGUGCAUGGUAUUACUGAGAUGGAGGAGUAUAAGUACCAAGAGGAACUGUACAGGGCGGAUGACGAACGCGACGAGAAUGAUAAGCAGGAAGAGGUUGAUGAGGACGAGGAGGAUGAGGCUGAUAUGCCACAACAGCAGCAGCAAACGAAUAAUCAGCAAGAGGAACCUAAACAGCAGCAGCAGCAGCAGCAGCAAGUACAACAGCAUCAGCAUCAGCAACAACAAUCACAGCAUGAGCAACCGAAUCAACAGCAUCAUGAGAGUCAUCAGUAUAUAACACAAGAGCCGAAGCAGUUGCAUCCCUUGAAACCGCUACAACCGAGCGAGCAGGAACAGCAGGUUGGAUUGGCGGCAGACGUCGAUUCUGUGGAGAUAGUUCCAGUAGAGGUAGCUACGAAGGUGUCGGUUGAUUCAUCGAUAUGCUCACCAUUCAAGGAGAUCUAUACGCGGCGAUAUUUGCUGGAAGUAUGUGACAGAGUACACGAUGCACCUUCGGGCGUGUUUAGAUGGGAAGCGGGUGACUCGUAUCAGAUUGAUUUGACGGGGGUGAAGCCGGUGUCUGUGCUUGCGCAAGUUCGAGAGAAGAGCACGGAUAGUUCGGCGAUGAAGAAUUUGAUUGAAUCGCUGGAGGUGACGAGUGAUCAUGCGGCGGAUGAAGUUUUGCUUGAUCAUUUUAAUCUGGAAAGUGGACGAAGUACAGUGUCAGCGACGCAUAGUCCGACGUACAGCGCGCCUAUGCCGAAUCCGACUACACAGGAGUCAGUAUACAAGACGAUUAUGAAGAGACUGACGUUGCUGGAAGCGAACGCGACGCUUUCGCUGCAGUAUAUCGAGGAGCAAAGCUUGAUGUUCAGGGAUGCGUUCACGAAGAUUGAAAAGCGACAGGGGGCAAAGCUGAUGGAUAUGCUCGACCAGCUGAACAGCACUGUUUCGAUGCAGAUGCAGUCGUUCCGGGAGAACUAUGCGGAGCAGAAGCAGCAGUAUGAGCAGUUGUGGAAGGCGAUGAUUACAGAGUACGAGAUGCAACGACGGGCGAUGGAGCGGCAUUUGCUGGAGGCGGUUAUUUUUAUGUUCUGCAUGGUACUGUUGUGUGUGGGCUUCAACAUUUAUUUGGUGAUGAAGUUGAAGAUCAAGGUGAUUUGAUUGAGGAUAUUGCAUUUGUUAUUGUUUUCAUAUUGUUAGAAUUGGUUUUUGGGAUAUGGCGCUUUAU